UGAACCCUUCCUUUCUAGAAUCCAAAAUCAUUUUUUCCCAAACGCACUUUUCCCCCCCGCCAUUCACUUCCAAUUUCUCUUCCCAAUUUUAUCCUUCUAGGGCUCAGCAACAACACCUUCAUCUUCAACUUCAAAAAUCUUCAACAAAACCCUAAUUAUCCUCAAUUCACCUCAGAUUUUCGCCAUUUUUACUCCUUCUACCACUCCAUGCUCUUCUCGUGAUCAAUCCAUGAGUUUUCCAACUACUUCCGAUGCCGUGGAGGCGGCGUUAGCUUCAUCCGGCUACCGUGGAAUCAGUUUAUCAAAUACUGUUCAUUCCGAGGUUGCGUCAUGCUUGACGCUACCGUCGCUUCCGGUUUUCUGCGGAGCUUCCGAUCAUGACCUCCGGCUCUUUGAUUCGCCGAUGCUGUUGAACCGCGUUGAUAUUCUCUUGCAGUCGAGCAAGAUCGCUGAGAUGCUCCGGCACACUGAUGUGUCGUACUUGAAUUUAAGAGAUGAUGCUGAGGCUGUUUCGUGUAACUACGUCGAGCCUUUAGAACUCCAUGAUGAAGUCAUCAGGUGCAACCCUGAAGCAUUUGAAUGUGGUACUGCAGUUUCUCAGGUCCUGUCCAGGAGAAGAUCUCCAGUAGUGCAUUACCUGAAAAGAAGCUUUCUGAAUCAAGUUUUUCUAUCCCAAGCCAGACUAAAAAAGACUAUCACGCAACCCAUAGCCGUCAGCUUGAUGAUUUUUCUUCAAAUGACAUUUCUAUAUUGUCUUCUAAGAAAUCAAAAGUAAAGAAGAAAGGUGGUGAUGUAAUAUCUAUUGCACCUGACCCUGCUGAGCUUCAAGAUGCCAUCAUUGGAAAGUUUCUUGAGUUUUUGGAGGACUUAUGUAGCAAGGCUGAAUGGAAUGGUGACGAUAGAGAUGAAGCAGAAUGGUUGCCACUGCCCCUUUCAGAUCUUAGAUUGCUUGUUAAUGAAAUAAUGACUAUACGUGAGAAGAAACUUCUGCAUUUGGUUCCUGUAGAAUUUCUUGUUAGACUGCUAAAGGUUUUAGAUCAUCAGAUACAUAGAGCAGAAGGCCUGUCGAUUGAGGAUUGCGAUAAUUCCAAUUCAGAACUAGUUUCGGCUCUUUUAGUUGCGUUGGAGUCCAUUCAUGCUGCUCUGGCGGUGAUGACUCAUACUGACAUGCCAAAGCAACUUUAUAAAGAAGAGGUCAUUGAGAGAAUUCUGGAGUUUUCCAGGCAUCAGAUAAUGGAUGUGAUGUGUGCAUGUGAUCCAUCAUAUCGUGCAUUAUACAGACCUAGUGAAAACACUACACUUGAAGUCGAUGAAGAAGAAAGUGAUGCUGAGUUUGGUUCAGCAAGUAAAAAACGGCGUACCAGCAGCAAGACAGUAAAGUUGAAGAAAUCAGCAUCAAACAGGUUCUCCAGUGCUGUGAAUGUUAUUCUUCAGAAGUUGUGUACUGUUGUUGGUCUACUCAAGGAUUUGUUGUUAAUAGAGAGGUUGUCAGAUAGUUGCAUUUUACAACUUAUAAAAACAAGCAUUACAACAUUCUUGGUUGAUAACAUCCAGCUCUUGCAAUUGAAGGCAAUUGGUUUAGUUAGUGCGAUAUUCUAUUUAUACACACAACAUCGCACUUAUGUGAUAGAUGAAAUGCUUCAACUUCUUUGGAAAUUACCUCAUUCAAAGCGAGCUUUAAGGAGUUAUCACAUACGCGAGGAAGAGCAAAGACAGAUCCAGAUGAUUACUGCUUUGCUGAUUCAGUUAAUUCACUGUAGUGCUAACCUUCCUGAUACUUUAAGAGAAGCAUCAAGUGGUAACUCUGUAUUGGAAGUCUUGGUUGAUGCUAGUUAUCCUACUAAAUGCCGUGAGGCAGUAACAGAAGCCUGCUGUCUAUUCUGGGGCCGUGUACUUCAGCGGCUUACAAGUGCAAAGACUCAGGAUACUUCUGAAUUGAAAUCCAUAAUGGAGAAUCUUGUUACUGAUUUACUGACGACUCUAAAUUUACCUGAAUAUCCUGCUUCAGCUUCUAUUUUAGAGGUUCUAUGUGUCCUACUAAUUCAGAAUGCUGGAACAAACUCCAAGGAUAUCACUGCACGCUCCAUGGCUAUUGAUAUUCUUGGCACUAUUGCUGCAAGGUUGAAGCGUGAUGCUAUGAUUUGUAGCCGGGAGAAGUUCUGGAUACUUCGGGAUCUACUUAGUCAGGACGCUGCUACUCGGCAUUAUCCAAAAGAUACAUGUUGUGUCUGUUCGGGUGGAAGGGUAGAAAAUUUGGUCAUAUGUCCAGGCUGCAAUAGGCCUUUUCAUGCUGAUUGUCUGGACAUCAAAGAAGAUGAAGUUCCUAACCGGAACUGGUACUGUCAUAUGUGCAUCUGCUCAAAGCAACUGCUUGUAUUACAGUCAUAUUGCAAUUCCCAGCGCAAGGGUAAUGUAAAAAAGAACCAUGAAGUUUCAAAGGAUGAUUCUGCAGUUUCUGACCAUGAAAUUGUUCAACAAUUGCUUUUGAAUUACCUUCAAGAUGUCACCUCUGCUGAUGACCUGCAUCUUUUCAUUUGCUGGUUUUAUCUCUGCUCGUGGUAUAAAAAUGAUCCAAAUUGCCAGCAGAAGCUCAUUUACUACAUUGCUAGGAUGAAAUCAAGAAUCAUAAUACGGGAUUCUGGUACUGUUUCAUCCAUGCUGACGAGAGAUUCAAUCAAGAAGAUUACUCUAGCUUUAGGCCAAAAAAGUUCAUUUUGUCGAGGGUUUGAUAAGAUUUUUCACACGCUUUUGGGAAGCUUGAGGGAGAACUCUCCAGUUAUUAGGGCUAAAGCUUUACGAGCAGUUAGUAUCAUUGUAGAGGCCGACCCAGAGGUAUUGGGUUAUAAACAAGUACAAUCAGCUGUUGAAGGUAGGUUCUGUGACUCGGCGAUAUCUGUCAGAGAAGCCGCAUUGGAACUUGUUGGUAGGCAUAUUGCUUCACAUCCCGAUGUGGGUUUUAAGUAUUUUGAGAAGAUUACAGAGAGAAUUAAAGACACUGGAGUAAGUGUUCGGAAACGAGCUAUAAAAAUUAUUCGAGAUAUGUGCAGUUCAAAUGCCAACUUCUCGGGAUUUACAAGAGCCUGCACAGAGAUAAUUUCACGUGUUACUGAUGAUGAAUCGAGUAUACAGGAUCUUGUUUGCAAAACAUUUUAUGAGUUCUGGUUUGAGGAGCCUUCUGCUUCCCAAACUCAGGUUUUUGGAGAUGGUAGUACAGUUCCACUUGAGGUAGCUAAGAAAACAGAACAAAUUGUUGAAAUGUUGAAGAGAAUGCCCAAUAAUCAACUUCUUGUAACCGUAAUAAAGCGCAACUUGACACUUGAUUUUUUACCGCAAUCAACAAAAGCAAUCGGGGUCAACCCAGUGUCCCUUGUAACAGUGCGUAAACGUUGUGAAUUGAUGUGCAAAUGCUUGCUGGAGAAGAUAUUGCUGGUUGACGAAAUGAACAGUGAUGAAGUGGAAAAGCAUGCACUUCCAUAUGUGCAAGUCUUGCAUGCAUUUUGUCUUGUGGACCCGACUCUCUGUGCACCAGCUUCUAACCCUUCCCAGUUUGUUGUUACGUUGCAGUCAUAUCUGAAGACUCAGGUUGACAAUAGCAUGGUUGCACAGCUACUUGAGAGUAUAAUAUUUAUAAUUGAUGCUGUGUUGCCAUUGCUGCGGAAGUUACCUCUGAGUAUUGUGGAUGAACUUGAGCAAGAUUUGAAGCAGUUGAUUGUCCGGCAUUCUUUCUUGACAGUUGUCCAUGCUUGUAUCAAAUGUCUCUGCUGUAUGAGUAAGAUGGCAGGAAAGGGGGAUGCUGUAGUUGAGCAACUUAUUCAGGUCUUCUUGAAAUGUUUGGAUACCCAGGCAGUUGUAAACAAGCAGCAAGUGGGGCGAUCUCUCUUCUGUCUCGGUUUGCUUAUUCGUUAUGGCAACAUAUUGUUAGCAAGCUCUGGUAAUAAACUUGUUGAUGUUAGGAGGAGUCUCAGCUUGUUUAUGAAGUAUCUUGACGUGGAUGAUUAUUCUCUUAAGGUUAGAUCAUUGCAGGCAUUAGGAUAUGUUCUAAUUGCAAGGCCUGAAUAUAUGUUAGAAAAUAACAUUGGAAAGAUACUGGAGGGUACACUGUCGAAUACUGCUGAUGUUCGAAUUAAGAUUCAAGCAUUGCAAAACAUGUUUGAGUAUCUUCUUGAUGCUGAAAGCCAAAUGGAAACAGACAAAGUUGAAGAUAACGCAUCUGGUCACUCGGUCAGAGCUGGGCAUAGUGUACCUGUUGCGGCUGGUGCUGGUGAUACAAACAUAUGCGGUGGUAUUAUUCAGUUAUACUGGGAUAAUAUUUUGGGCAGAUGUUUAGAUUCCAGUGAACAAGUUCGCCAAACAGCCUUGAAGAUUGUUGAAGUUGUGCUGCGCCAAGGUCUUGUUCAUCCCAUCACCUGUGUUCCAUAUCUUAUAGCACUUGAAACGGAUCCUUUGGAGUCAAAUGCAAAGUUGGCUCAUCAUCUCCUAAUGAAUAUGAAUGAGAAGUAUCCUGCAUUUUUUGAAAGCCGCUUGGGCGAUGGACUUCAAAUGUCAUUUAUGUUCAUGCAAUCUGUUUGUGGUAGUCCUGAAAAUGUUAAUCAUAAGACACCAUCCAAGAUCCCUGUUUCUGGAAAAGGGAAACCUGAGUCUGACUCGCUCACUCAAGCACGACUUGGUGUUUCUCGAAUAUACAAGCUCAUUAGAGGGAACCGGAUAUCAAGGAACAAAUUUAUGUCCUCAAUUGUGCGGAAGUUUGAUAAUCCAAGAUGGAACAAAUUAGUAAUACCUUUCUUAAUGUACUGCACAGAGGUCCUUGCCUUGCUUCCAUUCACUGCACCUGAUGAGCCGCUUUAUUUAAUUUAUGCCAUCAAUCGAGUAGUUCAGUUGAGGGCUGGUCCACUGGAGGCAAAUUUCAAAGCCUGGAGUUCAAGCUUGUUACAAAGAGAGGGCGACGGUACACCUCAUGGGAAUGGAAUGUAUCAACGGGUGCCACAUGAACCUAUUCUUACAACCCAAGUUCAGUCAAUGGACUUGAAUGGCACAUUUCAGCAAAAUCUAGAUGUUCAGCCUUACUUAGUUGAUAUGACAUCAGUGGAUUUAAACGGAACAAAUCACCAACUGCCAGAUUAUCCUUUAUCACAUAAUGGUGGGUCAAAAGUAAAGCCACACACUGCUGGUUUUGCAGAUUCCCUUACCUUCUCAGAAGAUGAUACAGAGAAAUUUCAGGCUGACUGUUUAUCUGCGAUUGCAUUGCAACUUCUUUUAAAGCUAAAGAGACACCUAAAAAUCACGUAUAGUCUCGAUGAUGCCAAAUGUCAGGCUUAUUCUCCAAGUGAACCGCCAAAACCUGGAGAUGUAAUCUCAAAACAGAGUAUUCCAUUUAAUAUUGGUGAAUCUCAGUUCAGUUUGCCUACAAGUCCGCAAGAAUUAAUACAAAGAUAUCAGGAGUUUAAAAACGCAUUGAAGGAAGAUACAGUGGAUUAUUCACUCUACACUGCAAAUAUAAAACGGAAGCGACCAACACCCAGAAAAGGUCGAAAAACUGGACCUAUACCGAUGGUAGGUGGGGAUUUUGGGGAUGAUGAUGAUGAAGAUUGGGCUGGUGGAGCGCGCAACAUAAAUUUUAGUGGUGGACGCAGGGCUAACCUUAGAAGCUCCAGACAAUACUGAUCGAUGUAAGUAAAUGGUAGAUAGGCUAACUUGUACAUUAAAUAGAAAUUAAAAAAAAAAGUUACAGAAUAGGAUGAGAGCCAAUAGAAUAGGGUUUAUGGAAACAGUGCAGGAGAGCAUGGGAAUGGGAUUUUCGUUGCCUAUGUUGACUGUAUGAUUUGUCUGUUUCCGUCUGUAAUUUGCUUCAUAUUAUAGUGGUAGCAUUCUUUUGUUGAUGGAAAACUCGUCUUAGCCAUCAAAAUCAUAUCCUAUUGAUUAUUUCUUUCGGUUUUGUUCUAAUAGCACAUAAGUCGUUGUACGUUUAUUAUUUA